CCUGCUGCGCCACCGCCCCACCCCACCCUCCGCGGCGUCCCCGGUCGCCGGCUAGAGCAUUCCUCGCGGCGACACUCACAAGAUGCAGCCGGUUCCAGCACGCUCAGCUUCACGGCUGCUCCUUGCCGCUUCUGUGGCGGCCAUUCUCCUGGUUCAGGUGCUGGGCGAUGAGGCCCCGACGACCACAGUGGCAGCUGGCCAAGACAGCGACAACGCAAAGCCCGAAGUAUCCGUACCUACCCCGACUUGUGACAAGGAAACCGUGCAAACGGCAGAGACUUCGAAGAAGCCAAAGACCAUGGGUCAUCCUUUACACCCGUUUAACCUGGGCAUCAACAUUCCGUACUUCUUCAACAUGCGACUACUGACGGGAUCCGGUGGCACCGGCCUGGGCCUCAACAUACCGGCCAUUCUCAACUUUCAGCUGAACACCGCGCAACGAAGGCGGCCGGGACUGCUGAUCAACCUCUUCGGAAACAGGGGAAACCUGUUCAACCGUCGCAAGCGCCCGGGAAAUCCGCUGCAAAGCUCCCCGCUGCAGCCACCGUUCACGCAAGCUCCGGAACAAGACAACGCCAUCGACAUCAAGCGAAAGCCUUCCGAGAAGGCUGUGUGAGUGGUAUAUGCGAGACGUGCCAAAACAGCUCCUUAGUCCCGCCAGUUGCACAAGUUAAAGUGGCAUAGCAGCUGCAGUCGCAGGUGAUUAUGUCGGUUCAUGUUCGAAUCUGUAUGUCUUCUUAAGAGCAAUAGAAAUGUGGCUUCGGGUGUGCUCUUUUCGCAGACGUCGCCAUUGCCUCAGAAUUAAAGUUAUCAACCGUUACUGCCGUCAACAAUGCAGGUUACUGUGCGUAUUUGAAGCAUGUCGAUUACUCCUACUUCAAAAAAUUAUAAAACAAAACAAAACAGACGCAAUUUUUUUAGGCGUCAAUGAGGCGGCAUUUUGUUUUAUACAGAGCUUUCAUUGUAUUGUAUAGAAACUUGACGCUGUAAGGCUCGGAUGAGAGAAUACUCGGCUGGCUGGUAGCUCGCUGCUUGUAGAGGGUGGCGAGGGCAAGGGGAAAUUCUGCACAGUGUAAAAGGAUUAAAUGAAUAAGAAAGACGCUUAAGCCUGACAAAACGAAGGAAACAUAUAUAGGCCAUUGAGAGGAACGCAUGACGUCACGUUCCAAUACUCACGCGGGAACUAAAAAAAAAAAGCAACACGAACGAAAUAUUUUAUGCCAUCUGCGUACUGAACGACACUUUUAUAUUCGGCUACUUUGAUCAGCCUAACUCAUAUUUCUUUCUUGUCAGCAGAGCUAUAGGCCCCUUCUCUCUUUUUAAUCACGAUAUUUUUCAGGUCUAUUUGCUCCUCACUCGCUAUGACUGAAACGCCCCUGCGUGCACGUAAUAAUUUCGAUACAAUUCCCAGUGUCAAGGCUGCGUGUGGCUGAUGGAUUGCGCUUUUCAAUUACUCUAUAACAUAAAAAUACGGUGGUAGAAAAAUGUUUUAAAUAUAUAAGAUAUAUCUCGAACUUGAUCACAAAUAGUUACUGUCUCUUUCUCAUUCCACGUAUAGCGGCAAAGAUGUGUAUACGGCUACGUUCGUGAAAAUGCACUGCGAGCAUUGUGAUAGCGGUCAAAACGCUUGUUACUUCUAACAUUCCUAAGCACUGUUAAAUAUAAGCAUAGCGAUAUCUUGGGCUUAGAGACCUUGCCUGAAUAUUGUGUUUAUGUGUGUCCCAAUAAACAAAUGACACUUAAA